UCUGAUCGAAUCCGACAUACGGUAAAAUUUUAUACUGUUCCAUGGUUUUGGAUAUGUUCAGUUAUCGUUGCUGUUACUGAUAGCCAAUGAAAGAGAGCGUUACUAAUCAAACCAAUCGUAUUGCAGCGUCCUUAUAACAACUUUGUGAUGGAAAGCAAAAUGUUGGCUGUCGAAUGAAAAUUUUAAUCGGGGUGUAAAAAUGGCAACCAUUAAUCCCAAUAACGUGUUGAAGAUAAAAGAGUGUGACAAAAACAUCAAAAAUAAGUUCAGCUUGAAAUGGUUUGAAAAAAUUGGUACUGUAAAUGUUGGUAAAAUUGAGACAAACGUGACCAUUGGGGAGGACUUCGUCAAAAUAGACAUUCCAGGCCAAGCAUCCUGCAAACUCGGUAACAAACAAAUUAAUUAUGGAAGUCGCGGAUUCAUUGCAUUAGAAGACCAUGCAAAGUCGACUAAGCACACUGAUUUGCUGAAGAGCAGUGUAUCCACCCAUAGAAUUGACACCAUGAUUAAACAAUACUCUGUCGAAGGCCCUUCCAAUGAAUCUGGCGGUCAGGGCUCAGAGACGACUCAGACACCACCAGUUGUUCCAAUGUGUGAUCGUAUCUCAAAUGCUGAGGCCACCGUACUUGCUGUUGUUGCAGAGCAUGGCAUGCCCUUGUCCUGUACUCCCACUCUGGUCAGCCUUGCAAAGACCCUAGCUCAAGAUUCAAAAGCCCUGUCCGAGAUCAAGUUGGAUCGUACAGCAGCUGCUUACAAAACAAAGUAUGGUCUUGCUGAGAGCUUCCAUCAAAAGCUAGUGGCCAAAUUAAGAAUAUGUCCAUUUUCUUUAAAUCUUGAUGAAGCAACAAGUUCAAACAAAAAAAAGUCUUAACUGUAUUGGCUUCAUUCUAUGAUACAGAGAUGUGCCACAUGAAAAUAGAACAUUUGCAGUCUGUUGAAAUAAAGAAAACAGAUUCAGAGACAAUUUAUAAUGCCAUUGUUAAGCUAGUGGAAGAGAAUGAAAUUCCAUGGGUGAACUUGACAUCUGUGCUCAUGGACUCGUGUAGUGUUAUGCGUGGGAGCAAAUCUAGUGUGGAAACUAGACUGCGGAGAGAAAAAGCGCCACAUCUGUUAGAUAUAGAUGGGGACUCAUGCCACCACAUGCACAACAGCUCCAAGAAACUCUGUGCUCCGUUUGAGUAUUACCUGGAGAGGAUGUUUAAUGACAUGCAUGCAGACUUUGUGUAUUGUUCUGAAUAUUCUGGAUUGCUUGCUAAAAUAUGUGACAUUUUAGGAGUGACCUUUAGCAAACCAGCAAGGUUUAUUCCACACAGAUGGCUUUCUUCAUAUGACCUUUCAGUGCAGACAACGCUGUUCUUUGAUGCCUACUUGGUGUUUUACUUCAGCUUUCUGAAAGGAGAGGACAGACAAACAUACAGAGACAUUGUCGAACAAGUUCUUAAGAACAAAAAUGUUAGCGCAUUUGGAAAGAAAAAGGUUAAAGCUAUCCAGGCAACUUUGUCUGCAAAAAAAUGACUGAAGAUGGGAAAACAAGGAAAAAAAGGGUCUGACUAAAAUAUUCAUGACGGUGAAAAAAACAGAGCUCCAGCUUUCUUUUUACAGAGAGGUUAUUCAGAUCAUGAAGGAGUAUGUCAUGGUAUUCCAGACUGCUGAUACUAUGAGUUCAUGAGUUCAUGACUUACAAGUCCUUUUUAGCAUGCUUUAUUAAGGCGGAGCAUAUUGCUACCCUUACUCCAAAAACAGCAAAGGACAUCAGUUUUGAAGAUGACACAAAGCUACUUAAGCUGCAGGAUUGUUUCGUUGGCUCCGAUGCAGACAGGGUGAAGAAAAGCUGUGAAAGAAAUGAUGUUGUAGUUUUUGCCUUCUUAAAAACUGUUAGGGAAGGCUACAUCCAGUGUGCAAAACAGAUGCAAAAGACACUGCCUCUAAACAACAAGGUACUAAAAUCUUUAGCUGACUUGCACCCUGUGAUGUCCAAGAAAUCAUUAGGCUCAAAACUGUUGAAACGGUUGGCACUGGACCACUUUGAGGACCUGCUUACAGACACUGAGAAAGAUGCAGUACCAAAGGAGCUGCUAAAAUACUCAGUUGACCAUACACUGGAUGGAUUCUCUGAUACAAGUGUCAUUGAUUGGUGGACCAAAGUGGCAGCUAAAAAGAGCUAUCCUGUUCUGUGCAAAGUAGCUGUUGCCAGACUCUCCAUCUUCCAUGGUCCAGCUGUUGAGUCCUCUUUUAACACACUUGGAGAUGUGAUAGAUAGCAAGGCAGCCAAUAUGGAAAUUUUGACAUACAGCUCCUACCACACAAUCAGCUAUGCCAUCAAAGCAGGAAAGUCAAUUGCAUUUAGUCUGUUCAAUAAGACAGAUUCAAACAACAACAAGUUGGUUGACAAACACAUAGAUCUGUGUAAACAUGUGCAUGGCUGCCAGUCGCUUCAAAAAAGUGCAAAAAGAAAGACAAGAACAGAAAGCAAAAAAACUAGACAAGAAACUUAAAUUUGUGAAAACUGAAAGAGGAAGUACACCAUGAAAACAAACAAAACUUUGAGAUUCAUGUCCAAAAAGAAGUGGCAAAGGCAAGGAAAAGGGUGAUGCAUGAAAAACUGAUGGACCUUGCUAAGAAGCAAAAAACAAAAUGAUUGGAAUGGCUUAUUUAAGUCUUUAGACAAGGAAUGUUGUUCACAUAUGUGUAAGUGAUACACUAUACAUUUAAGUGUCUUGUUUUCUAUAUGUAAUAGUUAACUGUUCUUAAUGUUUUGCAGUUGUUUACUAUAAAUGUGCUUUAUUAUGUAGUUUGCAUAUCACAAUAUUCUGUUUAAAACUUUCUAGACAGUGUUUAUAACAUAUAUUGACUUUUGUUAAUCAGUAAAUUAUUUCUAUUAUUUUUUCUUUACUACUUUGAUGAUGAUUGGAUGAACAUAUGUGAUGUCAUUGUUGGAUGUACUGAUCUAAUAUUUUCAAUUGUGUUCUGAUCAUUAUGUUAUUUAACCAUCAGUUAUUUCAAUGCUCAGAUAUGCAAUACUGGCAUGUUGUUCUCUUCAAUGUUUCUUUUAUGUUUUGUUUUCUUUGAAUGUAAAUAAACAUUUUUUAUAAUAAAAGUUUGAAUUUCCCUGAAAUGUUUAGUGCUUAAUCAGAAUUAUUUGAAACAAAACAUUUGUUUGAGGGAAUCUGAACCUUAAGAAGAUACAUGUGUAUGCAGCAUAAAUAUGCUUCUAUGAGUAUAUGAAAAAAAAUGAAGUAUUUAAAGAAAAAUGUGAAGUCAGUGUCAGACAACAACAGUAAAAUGACCCCCGGCAAUUUUUUUUCUUUUUUAUCAAACCUGUUGGCAUCCCUGUCUGAGAUAUGCAUACCAGUUUUAACCACCUCUGUGUCUGCGAUGCUGUUAUGCCCUAGACAGGAACGAAGUAGAAUUACAUGUAGAAUGUCUUCCACCAGAAUUCCAACCAAAACGCCU